AUGAACUCCCCUUCAGAGCCAAGAGUCCCACCAGGCCUAGCCCAGAAGCCCAGCUUCAUGGUCACCCCAGUUUUACCUAACCAGUGGAUCAGCUUUCAGAAAAAUGUCUCUGUCAGCAUCCAGCUUCCACCCGCCAGCCCCACGGCUACUGGAGCUCAGGCUGCUUCCUGGGUCCCCUUUCCCACGGUCGAUGUCCCAGUCCAUGCUCACUAUACCCUGGGCACAGUGAUCCUGCUGGUGGGGCUCACGGGGAUGCUGGGCAAUCUGAUAGUCAUCUAUACCUUCUGCAGGAGCAGAGGCCUUCGGACACGAGCGAACAUGUUCACCGUCAACCUUGCAGUCAGUGACUUCCUCAUGUCCUUCACUCAGGCCCCUGUCUUCUUUGCCAGCAGUCUCUAUAAGCGGUGGCUCUUUGGGGAGGCAGGCUGCGAGUUCUAUGCCUUCUGUGGGGCUGUCUCUGGCAUCACCUCCAUGACCACCCUGACUGCCAUAGCCCUGGACCGCUACCUGGUGAUCACACGCCCACUGGCCACCAUUGGGGUGGCAUCCAAGAGGCGGACAGCACUUGUCCUGUUGGGUGUCUGGCUCUAUGCCCUGGCCUGGAGUCUGCCCCCCUUCUUUGGCUGGAGUGCCUACGUGCCUGAGGGGCUGCUGACCUCCUGCUCCUGGGACUACAUGACCUUCACACCCUCAGUGCGUGCCUACACCAUGCUGCUCUUCUGCUUCGUGUUCUUCCUUCCCCUGCUCAUCAUCAUCUUCUGCUACAUCUUUAUCUUCAAAGCCAUCCGAGAGACAGGCCGGGCCUGUGAGGGCUGUGGUGAGUCCCCUCAGCGGCGGCGACAGUGGCAGCGGCUGCAGAAUGAGUGGAAGAUGGCCAAGGUCGCACUGCUGGUCAUCUUCCUCUUUGUGCUCUCCUGGGCCCCCUACUCCACAGUGGCCCUUGUGGCCUUUGCUGGGUACUCGCACAUUCUGACGCCCUACAUGAACUCAGUGCCAGCUGUCAUCGCCAAGGCUUCUGCCAUCCACAAUCCCAUCAUUUAUGCCAUCACUCACCCCAAGUACAGGCUAGCCAUCUCCCAGCACCUGCCCUGCCUGGGGGUGCUGAUAGGCGUGUCAAGCCAGCGCAGUCACCCCUCCCUCAGCUACCGUUCUACUCACCGCUCCACACUGAGCAGCCAGGCCUCUGACCUCAGCUGGAUCUCUGGACGGAAGCGGCAAGAGUCCCUGGGCUCUGAGAGUGAGGUGGGCUGGACAGAUACAGAAGUAACAGCUGCAUGGGGAGUUGCCCAGGAGGCAAGUGGAUGGUCCCCUUACCGUCAUAGCCUGGAAGAUGGGGAAGUCAAGGCUUCUCCUAGCCCCCAGGGACAGGAAGCCAAGACUUCUAGGAAGACCAAAGGGCAGCUCCCCAGCCUCAACCUCAGGAUGUAG